AUGAAAUAUAAGGGGACUUACGGGCCUCAGCACAAGGCCGCCCGGUUGCAGUACGGGCCUCAGCACAAGGCCGCCCGGUUACAGUACGGGCCUCAGCACAAGGCCGCCCGGUUACAGUACGGGCCUCAGCACAAGGCCGCCCGGUUACAGUACGGGCCUCAGCACAAGGCCGCCCGGUUACAGUACGGGCCUCAGCACAAGGCCGCCCGGUUACAGUACGGGCCUCAGCACAAGGCCGCCCGGUUACAGUACGGGCCUCAGCACAAGGCCGCCCGGUUACAGUACGGGCCUCAGCACAAGGCCGCCCGGUUACAGUACGGGCCUCAGCACAAGGCCGCCCGGUUACAGUACGGGCCUCAGCACAAGGCCGCCCGGUUACAGUACGGGCCUCAGCACAAGGCCGCCCGGUUACAGGCCGCCCGGUUACAGGGCCUCAGCACAAGGCCGCCCGGUUACAGGACGGGCCUCAGCACAAGGCCGCCCGGUUACAGGACGGGCCUCAGCACAAGGCCGCCCGGUUACAGGACGGGCCUCAGCACAAGGCCGCCCGGUUACAGUACGGGCCUCAGCACAAGGCCGCCCGGUUACAGUACGGGCCUCAGCACAAGGCCGCCCGGUUACAGUACGGGCCUCAGCACAAGGCCGCCCGGUUACAGUACGGGCCUCAGCACAAGGCCGCCCGGUUACAGUACGGGCCUCAGCACAAGGCCGCCCGGUUACAGUACGGGCCUCAGCACAAGGCCGCCCGGUUACAGUAUGGGCCUCAGCACAAGGCCACCCGGUUACAGUACAGCAGACCCUGGCCGUUACCCCACUCUCUGA